CAGGCCAACAUGUCGUUUGCCAGUCUACCCAGGUCGAAGAAGGUGGCCCUGACAACAUUGGGUGUGUUGACGACCGGCGGGGCCGGACUGGCUCUGAUGCUGCAGCAGUCGGUUAAGGCCUCAGACCUGGAGCUUCAUCCCCCCAACUACCCCUGGACCCACAGCGGCAUGCUGUCAGCCCUCGACCACGCCAGGUACUAGCUAACUCCUAACCAAAAAGGCCAUACAAUUACUUUCUACCAUCUGUUAUCACCAAGGCUUUUUCCAGUGCUAGCAAUAGGACAUUUGAUAUGAGACAUUUCGAAUUUUAGGGAAAAUUUAGUUUUCUAAAGGAAUCUUAUUACAUGCUAGAACAUAUUUACCUGAAAAGGAGGACUGGAUGAAAUUGAUAUUAAUGUCUGUUUUUCUUUAUAUUACAGCAUUCGCCGUGGAUAUCAGGUGUACAAGCAAGUGUGUUCAGCGUGUCACAGCAUGGAGUACCUGGCCUUCCGUAACUUGGUCGGAGUGUCGCACACAGAGGCCGAAGUGAAGGUUUUGGCUGAGGAGGUAAGGCUUUGUCCUUGGCCAUUACAUUAAACAAGGUCAUGGCCUUUAUAGAUGACUGUGUCAGUCACUGGCUAGAACGUGUCCUUAGGCACAGUUCCAGGAUCAGCUUUCCCUUUCCCCAAUCCUAACUUGAACCAUUAUGAGUGGAAAUGAAAAGCUGACCUAUCAGUUUCAAGGAACAUCUUGGUCCUUCUCCAUGUCACUGACCACUGUCGGUUCUCUGCUCAGAUUGAGGUGGUGGAUGGCCCUGACGAGUCAGGAGAGAUGUUCACCCGUCCAGGAAAGCUCUCCGACUACUUCCCCAAGCCAUACCCCAACCCAGAGGCUGCCCGUGUGGCCAAUGGGGGAGCCUUGCCCCCAGAUCUCAGCUACAUUGUCAAUGCCAGGUACUGUGUUGUUCACUCCAGUGCAGGGUUCUCCAACCUUUUCUAGCAUGAGAGCUACUUUUAAAAAAUGUAACCUGUCGCGAGCUACUCAUUGUUUUGGUAGCUUUCUAAUAGGUGCAUUCUUCUCCUCUCCUCUGCAACUCUUCCCUGGGUCCUUAGUGUUAACUUUAAUUGACACAAUGACUAGGUUCCAGUUGAACAACGUUUACUUCACCGUAUUACCACAGUACAUAGUCGCCAUCACACUCAGGCCAGGUCCGUCUCCAGUGAGACUACUGCGCAGGCAUACUAAUAAAUAAUAACAGAGUGAUGGCACCGUAAUAACAGAAAUAUAGGGAUACUUAAAACAUGAACUUAACUAUCUCCCACUUUUCUGUAAAGACAAAUAAAACAUCAACAAAAUAAUAAAAUGUCCCAAGUAUUAUUUAAGUUCCCCAUUUACAAAUGGGUUGUGUGACAAAAGUUUUUAGCUGCCACUUUCCAUUACUGAGGAGCCCAAGACUGGAUGCUUCCUUUUUAGUCAGACAGUCAGCAAGCUGUUCCUUUGUGGGCGACCAGUUGUAGCAAAGGUCUGUGAGCCACCCCAGAUGAAGUCAUCAACAUGACAGGCAUGUACUCCAGUCACAUUGCAGUCUUGAUCAAGCCAAUAGAAGAAUGCAGGAUCCACUUGUGACAUUUUUCCACCUGUACUCAGCAUUGUUGCCUUGACUUUGUUGUACCAGUAGAGUGAUGCAUCUGCCAGGCCAUACAGACUUUUUUAGUUUCCACAGUGUUCCUUCGCUCUUAGCUUGAGGCGGAGGUCGGAUGUGAAUGUCCCUUGACAGCUCUGUUCCCUGCAAAAAUGCAGAUUUGAUGUCUAUGUCAUUUCUUAUGGCAGAUCACUGUCAGCAGCAAUCUGAUUGACUCUGAGGCGCAUGUCGGUGAGUCUUUUGGGAGGUUUUUAGCAUCCAGCUCCUCAAAACCUAGAUGUGCUUUUGGCACUAUUCCAGUUAAGGAUUCUUUAAGGGUACACACCCACCUUGUUGAGACACGUUUUUGGCCAAUGUCUUUGACUUCCUCAAACACUCAAUUUUUCCUCCAAUUACUGAGUUCAUCUAGUUUAGCUGAGUCAAAUGAUACGUCCUUUGUUUCAAGUACAUCAUCAUUUUGAAUGUCAUUCUGUUUUUCUCGAUUUUUCUAUUGGUUCAAUUCUGAGAUUAUCUACAAGUGACAGGUCAGCUGAACCUGUUGUACCAGAAAGUGUAGCUGGUUCAGAGUACUGCAAGUUGUACCAGUUCUGGUGUUUCUUUGGCUUUUCCUGCUCGUCCAAUGACUGUUGCUGUGUGUGAAAUACCACAUUCUCUGUCCAUGUAUUUAACAGUUUGUCCAGUUUUCAGAUUGGAACAACCAUGUUGCCUUAACACAUGUGGCUGUUGUUGAACGUUUUCGUCAUUUGAACCCUCAACAGUAUUACCUGUGUCAUGGUUGGUCUCUGCUCCAUUUCCUGUGUCAGUUUGUGUCCAUAUAAUUGGAUGCGACAUCUGGUAGGUUUGUCUGUUAAUGUGUCCUUUUUGUCAUUUUCAGUAGGAGGCUGAUUCUCAGCAACAGCCCUUCCAUCUUUUUGAUCAUUUACUUUCUGCAAUCUUGAGUGAUACACCCUGACAAUGGUGCCUCUGUGCCUCACGAAUAUCACCACACCAUCUUGGCCAAUGACUACUCCCGGUCCUUUCCACUCUUGACAGUCAACUCGUUUGUAGGACACUUUGUUUCCAGGCUCGUACUUCUCAUCUGUGGGUCGACGCUGUUUAUACAGAGCCCUGCGAAUUCUCUCUGAACACUCUGCUUCAGUGAACGCUUUUCUCGCUGCAUGUAGUGCUGAAAGGUGCUGUCCCACCCACAGUGAUGGCACCGUAAUAACAGAAAUAUAGGGAUACUUAACACUUAGUGCACUACUUUCUCUUGUACACUGUUUUCUGUCAAUAUACCUGGUAAAAUAAUACAAUCAGAUUUUUUUUUAAUCCCCAAAUUGUGUUCUGAGUUUUUCACUCAACAUUACAAUUGUUCAUAGAGAAACAACAUUUGAUGUUCUGAGUCCAUGUCAAUGCUUAAAUCACAUCAGAAUACUUUUUUUUUUUGGUGUGGGAGAAAACGUUUAAUUUUAGUGUAAUUCCCCUUUAAUUGCGCAUCUGGCCCUUUUUUAAUUGCGCGUCCUAGCGCGUGAGGAAUGUGCUAGUCUAGCGAUGGUUCCGUACUGCUGCUGCUCAUUUCAUGGCAAAGUUUAUAAAUAACAAAUCAUCGAAACAUAUGAUGUGCUUACUAAUGAUAUACUUCUGCCUGGUAAACCUAUGUUGCAGUUAACUUUUAAUUGAGAAGGUUUUUGGGGAAAGUAUUUGUCAACCCACAAGACUUAUCAAUUCAACUGGCUACACACUAAGUGAUAGACAAACGUGCGUACCACACAGACAGACAGGCAAUAUUGCUGGAAAUUAAUUGGCAGAUAUUGUUAGGUUUGGUUUUUAAAGCCAAUAGUGGCUAACCAGCGGUGGGAUAAUGUCAAUGGUACAUUGAUUAGAUGGGAGCUUGCCGUGUCUGAUACUUGUGAGAUUUGUUUAUGACAGUUUGUGGUGGAACAUGUGAAAAUUGCAUGUACUUUCAGAAUUGUUUGGCGAGCUAUUCAUAGGUGGGCUGCGAGCUACCGGUAACUUGCGAUCGACCUGUUGGAGACCCGUGCUCCAGAGUAUCUGGUGAUUGGGAAUAUCGACAGUAAACUAAACGUUAGAUUCAAGGUAGAAUAUAUUGUAACCUUUUCUUCCCCAAAAAUGUUUUUUAAGUGUCUAUACAGCAGGAAAAUACUUUUGUAAAACCACAUCAAGACACUCCACUCCUAUUACUCAUACCAUGAUAUCAUAUCUUAGCUUGCUUUGCAAGUGCUAUGUCCUAAGUCGUUUUCCUCCAUUGUUCCAGACAUGGAGGUGAAGACUACGUGUUCUCCCUGCUGACGGGCUACUGUGAGCCCCCUGCUGGAGUGGAGGUGAGGGAGGGCCUCUACUACAACCCUUACUUCCCUGGCCAGGCCAUCGGCAUGGCUCCCCCCAUCUACAAUGAGGUCCUGGAAUUUGAGGACGGUCAGUAGGAUUCCCUCUGCUAGGGAUCAGUAACUUGAAAUAAUAAGAUGUUUUUUUUAAAAUUGCAUUGUGCUAGCAUUUUUACCCUUGACAUGCCAGACUGAAUGUCUAGGUUCUGGUGUCUAUAUAGAGUAAUAGACUAAUGAUUCGAUAUUGGAUAUAUACUGAACAAAAAUAUAAACGCAACAUGCAACAAUUCAAAGAUUUUUACUGAGUUACAGUUCAUAUAAGGAAAUCAGUCAAUUGAAAUAAAUUCAUUAGGCCCUGAUCUACGGAUUUCACAUGACUGGGAAUACAGAUAUGCAUCUAUCAGUAUCUGGUGUGACCACCGUUUGCCUCAUGCAGCACGACACAUCUCCUUCACAUGGAGUUGAUCAGGCUGUUGAUUGUGGCCUGUGGAAUGUUGUCCCACUCCUCUUCAAUGGCUGUGUGAAGUUGCUGGAUAUUGGCGGGAACUGGAACACGCUGUCGUACACGCAGAUCCAGAGCAUCCCAAACGUGCUCAAUGGGUGACAUGUCUGGUGAGUAUGCAGGCCAUAGAAGAACUGGGACAUUUUCAGCUUCCAGGAAUUGUGUACAGGUCCUUGUGAGAUGGGGCCGUGAAUUAUCAUGCAGAAACAUGAGGUGAUUGCGGCGGAUGAAUGGCACAACAAUGGGCCUCAGGAUCUCGUCACGGUAUCUCUGUGCAUUCAAAUUGCCAUCGAUAAAAUGCAAUUGUGUUCAUUGCCCGUAGCUUAUCCCUGCCCAUACCAUAACCCCACCGCCACCAUGGGCCACUCUGUUCACAAAGUUUACAUCAGCAAACCGCUUGCCCACACGACGCCAUACACGUGGUCUGCGGUUGUGAGGCCAGUUGGACGUACUGCCAAAUUCUCUAAAACGACGUUGGAGGCGGCAUAUGGUAGAGAAAUUAACAUUACAUUCUCUGGCAACAGCUCUGGUGGACAUUCCAGCAGUCAGCAUGCCAAUUGCACGCUCCCUCAAAACUUGAGAUAUCUGUGGCAUUGUGUAGUGACAACUGCACAUUUUAGUGGCCUUUUAUUGUCCCCAGCACAAGGUGCACCUGUGUAAUGAUCUUGCUGUUUAAUCAGCUUCAUCAUAUGCCACACCUGUCAGGUGGAUGGAUCAUCUUGGCAAAGGAGAAAUGCUCUCUAACUGGGAUGUAAACAAAUUUGUGCACAACAUUUGAGAGAAAUAAGCUUUUUGUGCGUAUGGAACAUUUCUGUGAUCUUUUAUUUCGGCUCAUGAAACAUAUGUUGCGUUUAUAUUUUUGUUCAGUGUAGUCUACAUCUUGCAUUUUGGUCAUUAAGCAGACACUCUUAUCCAGAGCAACUAACAGUCUGUGCAUUCAACUAAAGUAGAGAAGACAACCACAUGUCAGUCAUUGCAAGUAAAACCUUCCAUUUUCAUGUGAUGAUAGGAACCCCAGCCACCAUGAGCCAGGUGGCCAAGGACGUGUGCACCUUCCUCCGGUGGGCGGCCGAGCCUGAGCACGACCAGCGCAAACGCAUGGGCCUGAAGGUAAGCUGGCAGCGAGGCGCCAGCCACUGCCGUAAUAUAAAUAGUUGUCAUCAGAAAUGGAUUCAAUAGUGCAAACCGUUUUGCAACAGAAAAUGUUUUACAAUGAAAACAAGUAAUUAUUUUUUUUAUUUUUUUGGAGGCUCUGUUUUGUUCUUUUUUAUUUUGUUGUUUUCUAGUGAAUACAUCCCUGAUUUAGGACAAUCCUUUCCAUUGUUUGACACAAUUACUUUGUAGUCUUGAAAAUUGGUAGGUCUACAUGGAGCAUUGCUUGGACCUGUCAAGUCUUCUUAAAUUCUAUUAGAUACAUUCAUUACAAUUUCAUAUGUAUUGAGCCACUACUUGUCAUGUAUUAAAACAUACAAAAUAAAAUAUUUGAAAGAAAGGAGUCACAAAGUCAAAUCCCCUGUUUGGAUUUGUCGUCUUUUUGGCCCUUGUUUCCAAAUUGCUCCCUUUUCUACGUCACUCUCAUCACAGUUGACAUUGACCCCAUCUCACUCAAACAAUUUCUUCCCCCAGCUGCUCAUGGGCUCCGCCAUCUUGGUCCCCCUGGUCUAUUACAUGAAGAGGCACAGGUGGUCUGUGCUGAAGAGCAGGAAGAUCGCCUACAGGCCCCCAAAGUAAAGACCUAGAUAGCUGCAUUCUGACUGCCCAUGUUGCUUCUCGGCUCAAAUUCUGACCCCUCUGAUUUGCGAUUGUCCAUCUUUUUAAAAAAAACACAUGCAUUUAUGAUAUGGUUGCCCUGAUUCACUUGCUGGGUGUCCUCUCAAUGGGUUAUUCUCUGCCAACGGAGAAGGAUGUAAACACAACCUCUAUACUGUUUUACUGUACAAAAUAAAUUAUCGAAAGAAACGUGUCCAGGUUGUGGUCUAAUAGUUAACCUGUUCUUUGAGGGGAAUCUCAACAGAGUCGUGCAACCUUGUGCUGUUGUGAAUCUGUCACGUCAUGGGUUCUCUACACUUUGUUGUG